AUGGCUCAGCGAGCUCGAAGCUUUGGGCUGUUCAGCCCUCCAGACGACAGUGGGAACAGCGCUAGCCCAACCCCCCUGCGAUCGCUGUCGGCCGCUGAGGCGGGCCAGCUUCCAGCGGAUACGUCCAGUGAAGCGCCCCCCGCAGAGUCGACGGAUGCCGACUUGGAAUCGAAGUCGAAGUAUACUGGCCUGCUCCGUGUGAGCGGGCUCCAGGCACGAGACCCAAACUACCAAGGUGUGAGGGCCUUUUCCGAUGUCUUUGCCUUCACCCAGGCGUACUUUGAGCAUCGUCUCGACCGGGACUGGGGCAUGGUUCAGAGAGCCAUCCGCGACGGCGACGAUACGACCGUAGAACGUCUGAUGGAGGAGCAGGUAAUCAGCAAGGUCUUCUCCACCAUGAAACUAGCUCAGCUCAGGCAUUUCAUGACUGGUCUCAACAAGAUGUCUAGCCGUGAUCUCAAGGUCUUCCUCAACUACGUUAGCUUGGAAGGCAAAAGCGAGGUUCAGUAUCCUUGGACCACCAGGCAGUGGAGGGCACUCAGAAACCCCCGCCUUUUCGAGGACUGGGCGAGGUCCAUCAUCAUGGAAGACAAGGUCAAGAUGGGUUGGUUGUUGGGGUUUCUUGUCAAGUUCACCGACAUUGACAUUGUUGGCAUGCGCAAAACCGAAGGGUAUCAUGGCCGCCUUGUCAACUUCCUCUCAACCGGGGCGAGCCUCGUCGCGAGCAUCUUCUUCGGGGCGCCAUUCGUGGUCCUGGCUUCCGAGGCGUUUGCAAGAUGGGUGAACAUCGUCGUCAUUGUGGUCUGGGUGCUCCUGUUUCUCGUCUUUCUCAUCUGGUGGGGCGUUGACUCGUCGCACAUGUUCUUAUACGUGUUGGCUUACACGACCAUGUUGGCAAAUGUCAACGUCGGAGGCGACUAA